AGGGAUCCCUGCCCGGUCCCAGCGUGGAGGAGGAAGCGGUCUGAGAGAGUCCGCAACUGAGUGUAAGACGGGACAGAGCCAAGAAAAAAGGAGGAGGAUAGUUGUUGUACUUUGACUUCGAGGAUUUUCUUCAUAUGGGGGCAAGAAAUGACUUCUACGGCGAGCGAAAGGAGGGCGUUUGCGCAUAAAAUCAACCGGACGGUUGCAGCAGAGGUCAGAAAGCAAGUGUCCAGAGACUAUGGGUCUCCUCAGCUGUCCAAGAAACGAGGAGGUGCACACCACCCUUUGCCUCUUACUGAUGUGGUGGAGCCUGUGGACUUUGAGGAGUAUGUGAGCAGCCACGCUCCUGGGGUGGAGCCCGGUCCGCUGCGACAGCUAAUGGAGUUCCCGCAGGAUGACCUGGAGCUCCUCCAGCUGGACAAAGAGUGCACUACACUGGAGCCUCCACUGCCUGAGGAGGAGGACACACUGGAUCCUAGAGUGAGAGACGCCUUGGCAGUCUACACAGAUGACUGGCUCGUCAUUCAAAGAAAGUAUCAGCGCUACAGUACCACAUAUACCCCUCACAACUCUGAGCGACAGAGAGAGAGGCAGCGAGGCCUGGUCAAACAGACCUUUGAACUGGAUGAGGCUGCUGCAGCUGAGCGCCAGGACGAUCAGGAUGACGCAAAGCGCCGCUCUGUCAGCCUUGAUGAGACUCCUCGGGGCAGCUGGGCCUCCAGUAUCUUUGACUUGAAGAACUCCUCCCCAGACGCUCUGCUGCCGUCUGUGCUGGAACGGACAGCUGCGGAGGACAUGGACCGCCGCAAUACUGAAGCACGUCAGCAGGGACGCCACAGUGACCUGCUGGGCCUGUAUCCACCACCUGAUGAGGAUGAAGCAGUUGAGAGAUGCUCUGUCCCAGAAGUGCCCAAGGAACACUGUGGCCAGAGAAUCAUGGUCAAGUGUUUGUCUCUGAAAUUUGAAAUCGAAAUUGAACCUAUAUUCGGGACACUUGCACUGUAUGACGUCAAGGAAAAGAAAAAGAUCUCUGAGAAUUUCUACUUCGACCUGAACUCGGAUCCAAUGAAAGGGCUGCUGAAACCCCACACACCACAUGUAGCCAUCUCCACCCUGGCUCGCUCUGCCAUUUUGUCCAUCACGUACCCAUCUCCUGAUAUCUUCUUGGUCAUUAAGCUUGAAAAAGUGCUUCAACAAGGUGACAUUGGGGAAUGCUGUGAACCCUACAUGGUCAUGAAAGAAUCAGAUUCCUCCAAGCAUAAGGAGAAGUUGGAGAAACUGCGGCUUCAAGCAGAGCAGGCAUGUAGUCGUCUUGGACGUUUUCGCAUGCCUUUCGCUUGGACGGCCAUUCACCUUCUGAACAUUGUGAGCAGUGUGGGAGGUCUGGAUCGGUUGGACCCAGACUCUGACUCCGAGCGAAAAGGCCAUGGGACAUGGAAUGAGAGAAAGAAGAAAGGCUUUGAGCGGAUGAGCAUUGGGGAAGACAUGUGUAACUUUGCCACUUUCCGUCCAGCAACAUUGACUGUCACAAACUUUUUCAAACAGGAAGGGGACAGACUGAGUGAUGAGGACCUCUACAAGUUUCUGGCUGACAUGCGCAGACCAUCGUCUGUUCUGAGGAGGCUUAGACCUGUCACAGCCCAGCUAAAGAUUGACAUCUCACCAGCCCCUGACUCACCUCAUUACUGUCUAUCACCUGAGCUGCUGCAUGUAAAGCCUUACCCUGACCUGCGUGUUCGCCCUACCAAAGAGGUGCUAGAGUUCCCUGCUCGUGAUGUGUACACACCCCACACCACCUACAGGAAUCUGCUUUAUGUUUACCCGCAAAGUCUGAACUUCAGCAGUCGCCAGGGGUCUGUCAGAAACAUUGCUGUGAAGGUUCAGUUCAUGGCAGGGGAGGACCUCAGUCAAGCUUUGCCAGUCAUUUUUGGCAAGUCUAGUUGUGCUGAGUUCAUGAAAGAGGCGUACACUCCUGUCAUCUACCAUAACAAGUCUCCCGAAUUCUAUGAGGAGAUGAAGAUGAAGAUCCCUGCCAACCUGACAGACAACCACCAUCUUCUGUUCACCUUCUACCACAUCAGCUGCCAGCCCAAACAGAACACUCCUCUGGAGACCCCUGUGGGCUACACAUGGAUCCCUCUGAUGCAGCACGGCCGACUACGCACCGGCUCCUUCAGUCUGCCUGUCUCAGUUGAAAAGCCUCCACCUAGCUAUUCUGUACUCACCCCUGAUGUUCAGCUCCCAGGCAUGAAGUGGGUGGAUAAUCACAAAGGAGUGUUCAACGUCGAGGUGACAGCGGCCUCCUCAGUUCACACUCAGGACCCGCACCUGGAUAAGUUCUUCACUCUAGUGUAUGUCCUGGAGGAGUACUCCUUCCCCUUCCGCCUGAAGGAUGUCAUCAUUACGGAGGCAAAUAUGGAGGGGGAGCUCAAGGCCAGCAUGGCUGCGCUGAGGGGAGCCCUGCUCGAUAUCUGUGUCCGGUUCUUGCACCAGCUGCUCAACAAACUCAUUCAGCUCAUUGUCUAUCCCCCGGUGAUUGCAGGCCAAAUAGUGAACCUCGGCCGAGCUGCUUUUGAAGCGAUGGCUUUGCUGGUUAACCAGAUACACAAAAACCUGGAGGGGAACCAGGACCAGCACGGCCGCAACAACCUGCUGGCAUCCUACAUUCACUACUGCUUCCGCCUGCCCACAGCCGAACCCACAAUGCCCCCCGGAGCAGGCAACCAGUCCUAUGAAAUGCCAAUGCAGUACGCCACUUUAUCAAGAGCAACUGCUCGCCCAAGCAGCCUGCACCUGUCUCGUUCCAAGAGUAUCAGUAACUCUAACCCUGACUUAGCUAGCACUCCAGUGUCUCCUGAUGAAGAAGUGCAAAGGAUAAUAGGGAGUAAGGGUAUUGACCGCUCCCACUCCUGGGUAAACUCUGCUUAUGCCCCUGGGGGCUCCAGAUCUGUGCUACGCCGGAACCCCAACUCCAGCUGUGAUCUCAAGCAGCUUCUGCAUGAAGAGUUGGCAUUACAGUGGGUGGUCAGCACCAGCACAGUGAGGGAAGCAGCGCUGCAGCAAGCCUGGUUUUUCUUCCAGCUUAUGACCAAGAGCAUGGCCCAUCACUUGUUCCUGACCUCAAAGUUGGAUGCUCCCAGGCGUCAGCGUUUCCCAGAUCGCUUUGUGGAUGACAUUGCUGCACUUGUGUGUGCCAUCAGUGCAGACAUUGCGAGUCGAUACCACAAGGAUGUGGAACUUGUGGAGAGGUUAAACAGCAGUCUCGCCUUCUUCCUGAAUGACCUGCUGUCUCUCAUGGACCGCGGCUUUGUCUUCAACCUCAUCCGCACGUACUACAAACAGAUUGCCAACAAGCUUCACACCACACAGAACCCCAGCUCUCUGAAUGCCCUGAGGAUGGAUUUCACCCGUAUUGUCUGCAGUCAUGAACACUACGUCAUCCUUAACCUGCCCUGCUCCACUCUCAGCCCUCCAGCGUCCCCCUCCCCCUCCACAUCCUCCACCACUUCACAGAGUUCAGCAUUUUCCAGCGUGGCACAAGAUCAGGGUGUGGCCACCAUGUUUGAGCUGUCCGUCCCUUUUCGCCACCAGCACUUCCUGUCCGGCCUGCUGCUUACUGAGCUCUCUCUCAUCCUUGAUCCUGAUGGAGAAGGGGUUUUCUUCCUUCAUAAAAAAGCCAUUAGUGCUGUCCAUUCCCUACUGUGUAGCCAUGAUGCAGACCCUCGCUAUAGUGACCCUCAAGUCAGAGCACAUGUUGCUCAGCUCUAUUUGCCCCUCAUACCCAUUGUCAUGGAAACACUGCAUCAGCUCCACGACUUUGCUGACUCUCGGGUUCGCCAUGCUUCAGCCUACACUGACGACGCUGACCCAGACGGCAGUAGCACUAUCAGUCAGUCUGUUGCCAUGGCAAUUGCUGGUUCCCCUUUGCCACAUGCUAAAGCCAACCCAUUUGCUCUGCCUACAGUGGCUGGACGACAGUCCAGUUCCCUGUCUGCCGAGUGCAGCAGGACUCUGCUGGUGUGUUUCCUGUGGGUGCUGAAGAAUGCAGAUGCAGCUCUGCUGGAGCGCUGGGUAUCUGAUUUGUCUGUCCUCCAAAUCAACCGUCUCCUGGAUCUGUUGCAUUUAUGUGUCUCCUGCUUUGAAUACAAGGGGAAAAAGGCUCUAGAGAGGAUCAACAGUCUGACGUUUAAAAAGUCUCAGGAUAUGAAAGCCCGGCUAGAGGAGGCCAUACUAGGCACCAUUGGAGCACGUCAGGAGAUGGUCCGCCGCUGCAGAGAGAGAAGUCCCUAUGGCAGCCAGGAGAAUGUGAGAUGGAGAAAAAAUGUCACACACUGGAGACAGAACACAGACAGAGUAGAUAAGACUAAAGCAGAGGUGGAGCAGGAGUCUGUGGUGGAUGGAAACUUAGCUACUGAGGCAUCUCUAAUUGUACUGGAUACACUUGAGAUUAUAGUGAAGACUGUGGUGGCGUCAGAGCUGAAGGAAAGUGUUCUGGGCGGGGUGCUCAGAGUGCUUCUGCACAGCAUGGCAGGGAACCAGAGCGCCCUCUUCCUGCAGCACUGCUUUACUACACAGAGAGCCCUUGUGUUUAAGUUCCCAGAGAUGCUGUUUGAGGAGGACACGGAGCUUUGUGCAGACCUGUGCCUGCGUCUCCUGCGUCACUGUAGCAGUAGUGUGGGUUCUGUCAGAAGUCACGCCUCUGCCUCUCUUUACCUGCUAAUGAGGCAAAACUUUGAAAUUGGGAAUAACUUUGCACGAGUGAAGAUGCAGGUCACCAUGUCUCUGUCGUCACUGGUGGGAACAUCACAGAAUUUCAAUGAGGAGCAUCUUCGUCACUCACUCAAGACAAUACUGACAUACGCUGAGGAGGACCUGGAACUGCGAGACACGCCUUUCCCUGAACAAGUGCAAGACCUGGUGUUCAACCUGCACAUGAUUCUUACCGACACUGUAAAGAUGAAAGAGCAUCAGCAAGAUCCAGAGAUGCUCAUUGAUCUGAUGUACAGGAUUGCCAAAGGAUACCAAAACUCUCCAGACUUGCGUUUGACAUGGCUUCAGAAUAUGGCAGGGAAACACUCUGAGAGAGGUAACCAUGCUGAGGCCGCCCACUGUCUGGUCCACAGCGCUGCAUUGGUAGCAGAAUACCUCAAUAUGUUGGAGGACUGCCGCUAUCUGCCCAUUGGUUGUGUUACAUUUCAGAAUAUUUCGUCCAACGUGUUAGAGGAGUCGGCAGUAUCCGAUGACGUCCUGUCUCCAGAGGAGGAGGGAAUCUGUGCUGGGAAAUACUUCAGUGAGUCUGGGCUGGUUGGCCUCCUGGAGCAAGCAGCUGCCUCUUUCAACAUGGCCGCCAUGUACGAGGCCAUAAAUGAAGUGUACAAGAUUCUGCUGCCCAUUCAUGAAGCCAACAGAGACUUCAAAAAGCUGGCAACUGUCCAUGGGAAACUGCAAGAUGCCUUCAAUAAAGUCUACAACCAAAGUUCAGGAUGGGAGAGAAUGUUUGGGACGUACUUCAGGGUGGGUUUCUAUGGCUGUCGCUUUGGAGACCUGGAUGAACAAGAGUUCGUCUACAAAGAGCCAUCAAUCACCAAAUUAGCUGAGAUCUCCCACAGACUCGAGGAGUUCUACUCAGAGAGGUUUGGGGAUGAGGUGGUGGAGAUUAUCAAAGACUCCAACCCAGUGGACAAAAGCAAACUGGAUCCCAACAAGGCCUACCUCCAGAUCACCUAUGUCGAGCCCUACUUCGACACUUACGAAUUGAAAGAAAGAAUCACCUACUUCGAUAAGAACUACAACCUGCGUACUUUCAUGUACUGCACGCCCUUCACUCUGGAUGGUCGAGCUCACGGCGAUCUGCACGAACAGUACAAACGCAAAACCAUCCUGACCACAUCUCACGCCUUCCCUUACAUUAAGACACGGAUCAACGUUAUCCACAAGGAAGAGAUCAUUCUUGUCCCCAUGGAGGUGGCUAUCGAGGACAUGCAGAAAAAGACUCAAGAGCUCGCAUUUGCCACAAACCAAGACCCAGCUGAUUCUAAGAUGCUGCAGAUGGUGCUUCAGGGUUGCGUGGGCACCACUGUCAACCAGGGCCCCCUUGAGGUGGCGCAGGUCUUUCUUUCCGACAUUCCUGAUGACCCAAAGCUGUUUCGCCAUCACAACAAACUGCGCCUCUGCUUCAAAGACUUCACUAAGAGGUGUGAGGACGCCCUGAGGAAGAAUAAAGCUCUGAUUGGGCCAGAUCAGAAGGAGUACCACAGAGAGCUGGAGAGGAACUACAAUAAACUGAAAGAAGCUCUGGGUCCCCUCAUCAACCGCAAGAUCCCUCAGCUCUACAGAGCCCUGCCAGCUCAGACUACGCAAACACAACGGAACUCCUACAGUAGGUCCAGUCUUCGCAGAGUCGACUGUUAGCGGAGCAAACAGGACAAAAGAGAAGGCAGAAGAAACAAGCCUCAGAAAGUAGAUACAUCCCAUCCCGUCUGUUCCCCCUCCCCCCAUGAUACACCAACUGUCACAAGCACACACACACACACCAUCCUCUCCCCUGUCUAGCUCGUUAUUUUACCCCCCCACCCCUUUCCAACCCCCAGCCCGGCCACCCAGUCAUGCCAUAAUCCCCAGCGCCGCCGCCGUCACCACACACAUGCAAAUCCACACACACUUGUCACCUCUUUCCUUGUUGAACCAGCACCCUGCCAGUCUCCUCUCACACCUCUGUAGGAGAAAACCUCCGCUGUUUAUACUGGAAGGUUAUCUGCACUGUAAACACCAUCAUUUGGGGAAAGUAGUCUCCACACUGACGAACCCAAAGUGAUCUUUUUAAAAGAUGAGGGCUGCUAAAGUGUUUGACUUUCAUCAUUCCUGCUGUAUUUUGCUUUAAGUUUUUUUUUGUCCUAAAAGAAGUGGUCAGUCGUUCUGCACCAUGGCCUUAGUUAAUUUACAGGAGAUUUUUUUUUUCCUAAAGUAUGCUUGGUCUCAUUCACUGCCAGAUUUUAUGAUUAAAUAUUCCCAAGGAGCUUUCUUUUAUUAUCAACAGACCAAAUAACUGACAUUCCUCCUUUCUCAAGCUGUCACAUUUAUCUGCCCAUCUCUCAUAUGAAUUAAUUUUAGAGCAGAGAUGGGAUCGAUCUGUCCAAGCUCAGGCCUCUGACUUAACUGCAGAAGGGACAGGAUCGUAAAAUGUAUUUCUUUCUUUUCUUUUUUUUCUUUUUUUUUUUUUAAACUGUGAAACUCUCUUGUAAAGUAUAAUGCACUGCACUCAUAUAAGAUGUUUAUCACAGAAGCUCUGUCCACUUUCACACACAGAAAAUGUAUUUAUACUGUGACAUUAAACAUCACCCCACAGUACGGACUGACGCCUGAAUGCAUCGCGCUGUGUGAGGUUGAAGGCAGUUUCUCUUUUGCAGCCAGAAAGCACUCCAAAUAUCUUGUAUGUAUCCACCACACUGCGUAGGUCGUGGAGGAUUUAUAGUCCAUGUAGCUCUUUUCCAUCUACUGUAUCUAUUAUAUUGCACUAUUGUAAACAAACUGCAGCACAUUAACACUGUACCUACUAAAAUAUCUGUACUUUUGUCAUUUUUCAAGGCUGGAAAUGUUUUUUAUGCAUUGGAUAAACAUUUUUUAUUUAUUUACAUUUUUUACUGCCUUCUAUUAAACUUCUCCUCCUAC